AUGGAUACAGUGGUUCGGGAACGGUUAGAUAGGUUUGUGGCAGAUAUUAAUUGGUGUAAUAUGUUCCCUUAUGCGGAGGUAAUUCAUUUUCCUAUAUGUUAUUCCGAUCAUGGUGGUAUUUUGUUGAAAUUUGGGGAGCGACCCGAGCAAAGUCAAAAUGGGCGCCUAUUUCGGUUCGAAGCUCUAUGGUUGUCCAACGAUGAUUGUGGCAAGGUGGUGGCUGAUGUGUGGAAGGCCGUUGGAAAUGACUCGGUGAGGGCAAAAAUUACGAAGGUGGCUCAGUCGCUUACUUCAUGGGCUUCGAAGACAUUUGGUGAUGUUAAAAAACGAAUCAAAGAUGCUGAAAAGAGACUCAAAAUGAUCCAAGGGGGACAACUUGACGCUAAUCUGCUGCAGCGUAGUCACGAAAUUUGUGAGGAAUUGAAGGAGUUACGAAAACUGGAGGAGAGCUACUGGCAUGCUCGGGCCCGUGCUAACGAACUACGCGAUGGGGAUAAAAAUACGAGCUAUUUUCAUCACAAGGCCACACACCGGAAAAAACGGAAUUGUAUUCGAGGUUUAUUUGAUGAUUAG